AUGGACUCGACACACAGUUCUGCCCGUCGCGUUGCCAUGCGACUCUUGACCGCAUCGGACCCGUCGAACGGCUCGCAGCCACGAGGCCGUCUCUCGGCUGUCGACGAUUUCGUGCUGGCGUCGCCGGUAUUGACUGGCAAAGCCGUGCCCGUGACUUCGCCAAACCCGGCCAAGAACCCGCUCCCAGGGCUGCAGUUUGCCAUGUCGGUGCAACGCGCUCCGAGUCGGGAGCUGCGGCUGCCGUCGUUCGCCAGCCCGUCGUUCGACGAGCUCGAGAACGCAGCGACACCUGCUGGGAGCAGCGCCGAGGAAGACGAGCUCAGUGAGAAGAGCGCGACGCAGCAGCCGCGACGCAAGAAGGGCACGCGGCGCGGAACGCUGCACCCCGAGGCCAAGAACGUGCUGAAAGCCUGGAUGUUCUCGCCCGAGCACUUUGCCCACCCGUACCCGAGUGAAGAAGAGAAGGAGGAGUUGGCAACCGAAGCGGGCAUUGAGGUCAAGCAGCUGUCGAACUGGUUUACCAAUGCCCGCAAGCGGCUGUGGCAGCCCGUGCUGCGUCAAUCUGGAGUCGAAGUCAAGAACUUCUUGUCCACUGGACGGGGCGGCCCACGCGGCAAUAAGCUUGAGGUGCCGGCCAAUCUUCACCAGCUGGUGGCGCAGUCGCCUGUGCCGAGUCCACCGAGCUCGCCUCGCAAGCGCUCGUGGUCGGCAAUGGGCACAUGCACCUCGCCUUGCACUGCUCUGCCGAGUGGCGCGGACGAAAGGAAGCACGACAGUAAGCGCAGGAAGUGCGCUGGACCGCUGACGAGCAACGCACACUCGAAACGGAGCAGCAACUUGCCGGUCGAAAGGAUGUUCUCUCAGUUCCAAGAGCUAGAGCUGCUCGCGGCCACGUCCCUACUCGGGCUACAACACUUGACUCAGUCAGUCCAUUAA